GGCCCGCCCGGCACCGCCGCCCGCCACGCGCCAACAAGGCGGGCUCCCAUUGGGCAGCGCGCUGUUCCCGGCGGUUCCCGCCUCCUGUCAGGCGCCGGCGAGCCGAGAUGAUGGCGGCGGGCGGCGGGGCGGCGCGGGGUGAAGGGGUUGCCGCCACCACCGCCACCACCGGCACCAGCACCAGCUUCCGGCGCUCGGGCGGCAGCCGCCUGGCCGCCGUGCCCGGCACUCGGCCCGCCCUCCGUCACGGGCGGCUGCUGAUCUCCUGCGGGGUCCCCUCCCUGGACUGUGUGCUAGGUGGAGGCUUAGCUGUUGGAACCCUUCUUCUAAUUGAGGAAGAUAAAUAUGGGGUUUACUCCAGUCUGCUGCUGAAAUAUUUUCUCGCAGAGGGAGUUGUCUGUGGACAUGACUUGUUUGUUGCUUCUGCUCAGGACCCUCCAGCCAACAUCUUAAAGGAACUUCCAGCCCCUUUGCUUGAUGAUAACUUCAAAACUGAACGAGUAGAAGCAACAGCUGCCAAGUCUGAAGAUGGUCAGGACUCUAUGCAAAUAGCCUGGCGCUACCAAAAUGCACCAAAAGUGGAGACCAGCCCAACAACAUCUAUAAAGUUUGGACAUUAUUAUGAUGUUUCUAAAAAAAUGUCUCCAGAACUGCUUCAAUCCAUAAGAUGGCACAGUUUUUUCCUUCCUGACGAAUUGCCUUUAGAGCCUAAACUAAAAAUGUGUAAUAUGAACUGUGCUUAUGCAAGGCUGCUUCAGUCCAUUCAGAGUGUCAUUUGCCAGGAGGGAUUUGAUGGCUCUCAUCCCCAGAAAAAACAAAAGAAUAUUUUACGGAUAGCAAUUCAGAGUCUUGGUUCCCUGUUGUGGGACGAUGACAUUUGUAGCACCAAUACUCCUGAAGAUAUUCAUAGCAUUACAAAAUUUCUGUACAUUCUACGUGGCCUCCUCCGAAAAUCUUUAUCGGCUUGUAUCAUCACAAUGCCCUCUCACCUUAUUGAGAAUAAAGCAAUUAUGGAACGUGUAACAAACUUGUCAGAUAUGGUAGUUGGUCUUGAAUCAUUUAUUGGCUCUGAGAGAGAAACCAAUCCAUUAUACAAGGAUUACCACGGUUUGCUUCAUGUGCAUCAGAUUCCUCGGCUUAAUAGCUUGAUCUGUGAUGUGUCAGACACGAAGGACCUUGCUUUUAGAUUAAAAAGGAAGCAGUUCACCGUUGAGCGCCUGCACUUGCCUCCAGACUUGUCAGACACAGUGAGCCGCUCAAGCAAACAGGAUCUGGCAGAAUCCGCCAAACUGCUGAGCUCAGGAUGUGGUGCUAUGGCCAUCGGCAAGAAGCACCUGGACUUCUAGUGAUUUCUACUUAGCAGUUCCACUCAGAUUUGUAUGACACUCUAAUUAUGAGUGUUAAUGACUUAUAUAAAUAUUUUUCUUAAUGAUUUGACCCAGCAGUCUUUAAAAAUACACAUUAUCAUAUGGUGCCUUAUUUUUUUUUUUUUUUGUCCUGGUUUCUUUGUGCUAAUUUGGGGCUUGAUUGGAUUUUGCUUUUGGUUAAAGCUUCUGUUAUGUUGGUUCCUGCCAUUGUUCUGCCCUACUGGAAAUGUACAGUGUUUUUAUCCUUUCCUUCAAAUAUGAAAAUGAAUAUUGCUCCUUCAUUUCUGUUUUUUUAAUAAUAAAAAUAAAAGAUUUUUUUCAUGGUGGAAUUUGUACAUCCAUGCCUUUAACAUUCGGUGUGACUAAUAAGUUAAGUUGGACUGUUUAUCGAGACGAAUGAAUGAAAGUAAGCAAUUUGUUAUCACAUGCUAUUCCAAGAUCUAACUGCACACUUAUUGUUUUUAAAACCAUUUAAAACCGAUUUUAAAACCAUUUAAACCAUUUUAAAACCAUUCUUUUUUGUAGCUGAAAUACUAUGAGGAAAUUUCAGGAAAUACUUUGGGUGUUUUAUGUAAUGUGUAACAAUUAAUUUAGGUUUUAUUCUGAUCUGCCAGUAAUUGAGAAUUGUUGGGUUUUUUUAAUAGGAAUAUAUUAUAGAUAAUUAGUUUGCCUUUUGGGUUAAUACAUGUAUUAAAAUGCACUUGAAUGGAAUUUACUAAACGUAGAAAAAAGAAUUGAUUUCCUUAUGUAGUUCAAAACAGUAAUCCUGAACAAUUGAAGUCAGCACUAUGAAAUUAUGUCAACAGACAUAAUUCAAGAUUGAAAUUCAAGCCGACAGCUACAUUAAUGCUGGAAUACCAGAAGAGUGCAUUUGAGCUUGGGGAAGAGUAUCACAACAUGCUGGUCUAAAGCAGGGCAGAGCACAAAAGUAAUUUGGGCUCCUUUACCAUCGUAUAUGUUCUGCUUGUGAACUUGCAGCUGCUCUGUAUGCAUCUCCGUGUACGUACCAUCAAACAAAAGAACGGUGGAGCAAUGCUGACCUGUAAAUUAAAGUGGUUUGCAUUGUUUCUUCUGAGGCUUCCUUCCAUUUUGAAAGGUAAUAUAUUCUUCUCUGCCGAACUUGCAAGCCACCCAACUGUAAGAUUGCAUUACAGUUGCAGAUUUUUGUCUUUCUAAUAGUAUAUUACAUGGCUGGAGUGAAAUUGACUUUUCGGAGAACGUGUUAAUGUGAUGCAGCAAUGCUAACUUAUUUUGAUGGGUUGGGAACCAAGAGUUGGUUAAGUGGCUUGCUUUUUUCUUAUGCAGUCCAGGUUCUACUUCAUUUUUUUUCUUUGACAACGCCGUGUAAAACAAAGACACAGCUUUUAAAACUGUCUAACUAAUAUGAUGAAUGUCAAUCACUUAAAAAACUCCACUGUAGCAUAAACACAUACUGUAUACAGCUUUUAUUCUGAAUUAGAAUAAUUGAAUCAAUGACAGUGAUUUGCCAGGAUGUCAAAUCUAUCCAUCAUAUCCUGUCACUACCAGUUUAUUUUUUGUGAUCAAAAUCAAAAAGACUACUAUUUUGUCAUCAGCUAUUUCAUUAGUAGUAACAAUCAGGUUUUCUCUUCUAUGUUUUUU